UUCCUCCAUCUGCGUGCUUUCAUAAACAAACUGCAUUCUUGUUCCGCAGAGGAACGCAUUGCCCUCUUGUUUGUCACCCUGCCAGCAUUGUCAGGGCUCCGGCUCCUGUUUUGAAAAAAAGAAAGAAAAGGGCUCUGGGAGAACUUUGUUAUCGAGUCAGAGCAGAAAGGCGGGCUCCCCGGUACAACAAAAACAAUCAGAGCUGUUUUUUCCCCCAACGGUCAGCGCGUGGAGAGCUGUAGCACCGAGCUAAGCUGGACUUCACGGUCUAACGUCGACCUUUUCCUUCUGUUAUUGAACUGUCAGUCACUGUAAACCGCUUUGUUAACUCUGAACAGCUUCGGUUUUAGCAGACAUGGUGAAGCUGACAAAAGCCAAGACUUUCCAGGCUUACCUGGACUCUUGCCACCGCCGUUACAGCUGCGUGCACUGCCGCGCCCAUCUGGCAAACCAUGACGAUCUUAUCUCAAAGUCAUUUCAAGGCAGCCAAGGACGAGCAUACCUCUUUAACUCAGUGGUUAAUGUGGGCUGUGGUCCCGCUGAGGAGAGGCUGCUGCUGACAGGACUCCAUGCAGUGGCUGACAUUUACUGUGAAAACUGCCACACCACUCUGGGCUGGAAAUAUGAGCAGGCCUUCGAACUCAGCCAGAAGUACAAAGAGGGGAAGUACAUCAUCGAGCUGUCCCAUAUGAUAAAGGACAACGGCUGGGAUUGAAUAAGGAAACGGCAAUGUUUCGAGACUUUUUAAAAAGAGGAAGAAAAAAAAAAGUUGCAUCCCCUCAACGUGAAAGGGUUCAAGUGUAUAGUCCUCAUCUCGCCUUCAGGCCGCUGCUGUGCCACACUUUUACUUCAUGCAGCUUCGCUAAGAGUAGCAUGUGAUGCCUUAUCUUUGUCUGUCCUUGUAUAUUUUUUUUUCCAACACUUUCUGAGGCUGUCAUCCCGAUGAUUAGUUAUUCUGGGACUGAAUAAGUGUAUGGCUUUUGUGUUCGGAGAGAGUGGGGUGAUAAAGUUACACAGGCGCCAGGUGUGCAAUGGAUUUUAAAGCCUUUUAACACAAGAAAGAUCAAACUUUUACAGCGAUGACUAAAUUGUGUGGCUUCGAGGCCAUAAAGCUAGAGGUUGAAUUUUUCUCUUUUGAGUUUAAGGUGCAGGCUUUGGUAUAUUUAACUAGAAUUCAGUAUCAAAGCUUUUUCUGAGUUUAAUAUACAGGGAGGAUAUGGGAAUACAUAGAGCAGCAGGCAAGCUCUUUGAUUUUUUUUACUAUUAAUUCCUGUUUUCUUUUUUAUUCUUCUGAAGUCAGUAAAAUGGCAAUCGGGGAUUUGAGUUUGUGAUGUUAAGACUGGCAGAAAUCUUCUGCAAGAUUUCUUCAAUCUGUAGUGAGUCUUCUGUUCACAGGUAUACCUUUUUGGAUGAUAAGUGUGAGUGAGUGUGUGUGUGUUUGCAGUGAGGCAUCUUAAGCUGGAUGGUGUUGUGAAGCAUUAGUCUGGGACUGAUUUACUUCUAGAUUUUUUCUUUCACUGCACCCUUGGGAUAGCUUUACUUCCAUUUAUUGCUAAUGAGACCUAUAUCCUUUAAACGUCUGCGCAUCACCUAACACUGAGCGGUCCUUAUCGCCACGUCUGCUUCACUGUGUUAAUGCCAAUUGUGGUUAGGAUAGAUGUAGCAUAUUUAUGGUGAUUUUAAAUGUCUGCUUUCAUUAAAGUGGUUUUUAUUUUAACCUGGUCUUUCAUUAAAAUACAGAUUGGUUGUA